AGUGGAGCUGUGUCAAGAGUUCCGACGGAGGUACGCCGGCAGGGUGAGGGCUCGAGCUGCAUCGUCUUCUUCUCGCCAUGAACGACAGAGAGCUGGUAGAAGCAUUUAAAACCCAGAUGAGGACGGAUCCUGAUGUUGCCUCUGCUGUGGCUGCCAUCCGUGUCUUGCUAGAGUUCUUAAAGAGAGACAAAGGUGAGACAAUUCAGGGCCUGAGAGCAAAUCUCAAAAAUGCAAUAGAAACCCUCUCUGGUGUUGAUUCUUCAGUGGCUGUCUCUUCUGGAGGGGAACUCUUUCUAAGAUUCAUCAGCCUCACCUCCUUGGAGAACCCAGACUAUUCCAAAUGUAAAGAGAUCAUGAUUGAACGAGGCGAACUUUUUCUCCGGAGAAUCUCUCUUUCCAGAAGCAAAAUUGCCCAACUUUGUCGUACCUUUAUCAAAGAUGGCGGGAGAAUAUUGACACACGCUUACUCAAAAGUCGUCCUGAAAGUGUUAGAAGAUGCUGCCAAAGCAAAGAAACGUUUCAGCGUCUACAUCACGGAAUCACAGCCAGACCAAGCAGGGCAAAAGAUGGCCGAGGCCCUCACUAAGCUUGGUAUUCCUGUGACUGUAAUCCUGGAUGCUGCUAUUGGCUACAUCAUGGAAAAGGUCGACCUGGUAAUAGUCGGAGCAGAAGGAGUCGUCGAAAAUGGGGGCAUCAUUAACAAGAUUGGGACCAAUCAAAUGGCAGUGUGUGCCAAGGCCCAGAACAAGCCCUUCUACGUGGUUGCCGAGAGCUUCAAGUUCGUAAGACUCUUCCCUCUGAACCAGCAAGAUGUCCCUGAUAGAUUUAAGUACAAAGCAGACACCCUGAAGAAAAGCGAGGACCUAACGGCAGAGCACCCCUUUGUGGACUACACCUCCCCGUCUCUGAUCACCCUCCUCUUCACCGAUCUUGGGGUCCUGACCCCGUCUGCCGUGAGUGACGAACUCAUUAAACUCUAUCUGUGAACUCUGGUCUCCUGUGGUGAAUGGUGGUGGCAGUGGUAGGUGGAUGGCAAAGGCAGAGAGGCACAAACUCAAUGGGCCGGUAGCCAAAAACAGACCUAGGCAGGAGGGAAAGCAAGGAAAUUCUUCCAACACAGGGGAAUGUCCUCUUGCUUAGGCGUGAGCUGAGCAACGGAAAGAACAAAACAGGAAUCCAGACUGGGGCAUUAGAAACCCAUCU